UGGAACAUUAAAACAUUUAAAAUUUGCACGUGGCCGUGUAAGUUUUGGAACUCAGAUCAAAUAAGUGCCUCUAUUCAUAUUUUUUUUCUUUGAUUUAUUUUAGUUUACUCUGUAGAAGUCGCUACAUUUGAAUGCACCAGGCUAGGCUAUAUAAAAGGAAAGUUAUUUUUUUCUUAGUAUGAGUGGAUCGGUGCGUGCGUCUACACUGAUGCUGUGAAUCCUGCCAGUGUCGAGUCUCCAUCAUCCUCUUCAUCACUGCAGUAAGAAGAAGAAGCAGCAGCAUCACUGCUCGGAGUCACAGCAUCACCGGACAUCCACACCGCGAGUCUCUCUGCCAUUAUAUCUGCAUCACGGCUGAGAGACGAAGCUUCACGGGAGAACCAGAGGACAUGGUGCCUUUAUUUUUGUUCCUGGUCGUCCGCAUUGGCGCGUCCAUCCCACAUCCGACACCUGCAGGUGAAGUCUGUGAACCGGUUCCAUGUGAGAACGGUGCUGACUGUCCCAGUACACCAGCUGACGAAAAUGUUUCCUCAUCAGGCUGGAAGUGGGAAGAGCAAGCUGUAAUUGCGCCCUGCAGCCCGAACCCGUGUCAUAACGGAGGGGUGUGUGAGCUCGGUGAGACCUACCGCGGUGACACUUUUGUCGGAUAUUUGUGUAGGUGUCCGCUUGGCUUCGAUGGUGUCCAUUGCCAACACAAUGUUAAUGAGUGUGAGAAAAACCCAUGUAAAAAUGGAGGCAGCUGCACAGACCUGCGAGCAAACUACACCUGCCAUUGUCCCGGCGAAUACAUGGGGCAGAACUGUCAGUACAAAUGUUCUGGACCUUUAGGGAUGGAAGGGGGGAUCAUUUCGAACCAGCAGGUAACAGCUUCCUCCACACUUCGAUCUCUGUUCGGCCUGCAGAAAUGGUUUCCGUACUUCGCCCGACUCAACAAGAAGGGCCUUGUCAAUGCCUGGAGCGCAGCCGAGGGUGACCGAUAUCCAUGGAUUCAGAUAAAUCUGCAGCGGAGGAUGAGGGUGACCGGACUGAUAACACAGGGUGCCAAGCGAAUUGGAAGCCCAGAGUACGUGAAAUCAUAUAAAGUAGCAUACAGUGACGACGGAAAGGCCUGGAGCAUGUUUAAAGUCAAGGACACAGAUGAGGACAUGAUAUUCACUGGAAAUACUGAUAAUAAUUCCCCCUCAGCUAACUCCUUCAGUCCACCAAUCGAAGCGCAGUACAUCCGCAUUUACCCACAAGUCUGCAGGAAACACUGCACACUGCGAAUGGAGCUCCUGGGCUGUGAGCUCACAGGAUGCUCAGAGCCCAUGGGGAUGAAGACCGGACAAAUCCAGGACUACCAGAUCACCGCCUCAAGUGUGUUUCAGACACUGAACAUGGACAUGUUCUCCUGGGACCCCUCCAAGGCCAGACUGGACAAACAGGGCAAGGUCAACGCAUGGACAUCAGCCCAUAACGACCAGUCCCAGUGGCUGCAGGUGGAUUUGCUGAUUACCACCAAAAUCACAGGAAUUAUCACCCAAGGAGCCAAAGAUUUCGGACACGUGCAGUUUGUCGGUUCCUAUAAAGUGGCAUUCAGUAAUGAUGGGGAGAAAUGGCUCAUUUAUCAGGAUGAGAAGCAACAGAGGGAUAAGAUCUUCCAAGGAAACUUUGACAACGAAACACACAGAAAGAAUGCAUUAGAUCCGCCGAUUUACGCCCGAUUCCUCCGGAUUCUUCCGUGGUCGUGGUAUGGACGCAUUACUAUGAGAGUGGAGCUUCUGGGGUGUCCGGAGGAACAAUGAAACUACGGCACAUUUUAUGACAGACUGUGUAAAAACAACAUUUCUAAUUGUGAUCUUUCAAGGAUGCUUUGGCCUGAUUGGAAAAUGAAAGAUCUUUUGAUUACAGUCAAAAAGUUGAUGAUAGUCAAUGAUUGUUGAAUUUUUUUCUCUCGCUCUGGAAACAGCAAUUCACCAUGCUUCUCAAAUGUUACUGUCACUGUACAACUGACUACUAUAUUUCAUAGUAUUAUUAUCAGAAAUAGUUCAAUUGUAUUCACUCAGGUCAAAGGCCACAUGCUAGAAUAGUUCAAGUAUAUGAUUUAUGAAUAUAGAGAGGAGGUGAGAACUGGUGUUCUUAUGAAUUUAUGUGGUGUAAUUUGUAAUUUAUUACAAUUCAAUCGAAGCAAAGUCAAUGAAUGAAAAGUAUAGGAGUGGGGUAAACUGUGACGCUUAGCAAGAUUUACUUCACAUGGAAAGACACAGAUUUAAGACUAAAGGCUCAUUCACACCAAGAACGAUAACUAUAUUUGUGUCCACAUAACGUUUGAUGUAGUUCUGUUUAU